AUGCUACUAACACUGAUGUUUCUGGGCCUUGCUGCCCUUGUUGCUCCUUCUGUAAGUUAUGGAUGUUAUGGUGAUUUACGUACUAUGGAAACCCCUGUGAUUUCCUGCAGAGCUGUACAAACCCCAACUUGUGGGGUUCAGGCUGCAGAAAAGAGUGCUGAAAUAGACGUAGUACGUCUAAAGAGAUACAAAGUCCCUAUUAUGAGAGUUGCCAGAAAUCUGUGCAUAGAUCCAGCACUCAUUGCUGCAAUCAUAUCUGUGGAGAGUCGUGCUGGAGCUACUCUAGUUGAUGGCUGGAACCGUGAAAGAAACCAAUAUGGCUUGAUGCAGGUUCAUACACACUACAAUUCGAUUCCUGGAGCCUGGGAUAGUGAAGAACAUAUAACUCAAGGUGCAACUAUUCUAGUUACUGGAAUUAAGGCAUUACAGACAAAGUACCCUACCUGGUCAUGGCAACAAUAUCUCAGAGGUGGGAUUUGUGCCUAUCAUGACAAGGUUAGGAACAUCCAGGUCUAUGAUGGAAUGGACAAUUGCAAUUCGAGCAAUGAUUAUGUUAAUAAUGUUAUUAUUCGAGCCAAAUAUCUGCAGAAUAAUGGAUUCAGCAUUUUAGUGUAAUACUGGCUUCAGCCUCUUUUCAGAUAAAUCAUAAUUCUCA